UGUCCAUUUGACAAGGUGUUGACUCGAUGUGUAAAGUGCGCAUGCGUGGCUGACAUAUUAUUUUAAUUUAUUGGUGUUUUCCCGCGGAAAAUAACAAGUACAGAUUAAGUAAAAAAAAGUAGUGAGAACAUGUUUGAAGUUUUGUAAACAGAAAGUGUUUUGGAAUUCUUUACGUAAACAUUGAUCAAGUUCGUUCCCAUCAUUUGUUAUUCGUUUUAUUGUAAUUCAUGAAUAUUUUUGAGUUUUGUGAGUGAAGAUUUAUGUUUAUUGGAUUCUUAUUUGAGUGAUUUCAACAAACCAGCCUUCAAAAAUGUAUAUCAACAAACAAUUAUGAAACCAAUCAGAAAUGGCGCGUCAAUCUGACAGUGACGUAAGAGCCAAGAUGGCGCUAGUGACAUUGGUGUGUGUGCUCAGUGCGUUUGUGUGUGUGAAUGGCCACGUGGCUCUGACGUACCCGCCUGCUAGGAAGUAUGAUUUGGACUUUCUAGAUAAUUCUAGAACGAAACCGCCAUGUGGGAUGCCUAAAGGAUCAAUAAAAACCUCGUUUCUCGCUGGAUCAACGUUUACAGUACAUUGGCAUUUAGCAUAUGCGCAUAAAGGUGGAUUUUCUUUAAGGAUAUUAGAUUAUUUAGACCGACCACUUUUGGAUCUUACGCCUAGAGCAGGCGGUACGGAGUUUGUGCGAGAUGAUGUUACUGCGCAAAGCUACGAAGUACACUUACCAAGUGACUUCACAUGCGAGAACUGCACACUACAGUUGCAGCGGGAAGCUGAUGAGUGGGGGUCCAAAUAUCGCUUCUGGUCCUGUGCUGAUAUUGAUGUCGUACAACGCAAAGAAUACCACGAGACGUGUUCCGGCAAGGGUUUCCACAUCCUAGGUCGUUGUAAAUGCAACAAGCUACAUAGUGGAGCUCGCUGUCAGUUCUCAGACGAAUGUUCUGAAGAUACUGACUGUGGGCUUCGGGGGAAAUGUGUAGAUGUGGACGGUACUGAGUCCCCGAGGAGGAUGUGUUACUGCCCUCAUGGGUUCUACGGCAAGGGGUGUAAUAAGAAGUCACCAUGGAAAGAAAAGUCAAUAAAUCUCGGUCUCUACAGUAAGAAGGAAUUAUCUAAAGAUUUCCAUUUGUACUGGCGAGUUAUUAAAGACAUGCAGGAGGUGGAGUUCGUCAUGAUGGUCAAUGGGACUUCUUAUGCUGCUAUCGGUUGGCGUCCCAAAGGCUUGAAGAAGGAAUGUAAAAACUUCCCUGUGUUGGGAGCGCCCCUCGAGCAAUUAACAACAUCACAACCAGAACCUUUACCAAAGCCUGAACCAAAAUCAGAGAGUAAUAACAAAUCGGAACCUCAACCAGAACCAGAGCCAGAACCUAAGGCAGAACCUCAGCCAGAACCACAAUCAGAGCCUAAAGCAGAACCGGAACCUGAACCAGAACCGAAGUCUGAACCUCAACCGGAACCUUCAGCAGAACCACAGACAGAACCAGAACCUUCGUCAGAACCUCAGCCAGAACCAGAACCAUCAUCAGAACCGCAACCAGAACCAACAACACCGGAAACUAAAAUGGAAACAUUUGAAAACGACAGAAAUAAACGUGUAGCCAUGCACACAUUAGAUGGAUUUGAUUUUAAAAACCUAGGAAAUGAUGUGACCGUUAAAACUAGCGUUUCCAAAUCUGUUUCUAGCUCUAAAGGUCGCAAGAAGCGCGCAGCUCAAGAAUCACAAAACUCAAAUGUGGCAACAUCGACCACUAUUAUAGACACUGAAACUGAAAAUUAUCCUAGUCCCAAACCGACUGAGCCCACUUUACCGAACCGAAAGCCGUUUAAACCUAAGUCUAAAUAUGGUCCUAGACCUAUAAUUAAUCCUGUUAAAGUAGAACCCACUCCCACACCGGAACCGGAACCAGAACCUACUUCUGAACCAACAUCAGAACCUGACCCUAAAGCAGAACCUUCCCCAGAACCUAGUUCUGAACCCGAACCUACUUCUGAACCAGAAUCGACGCCAGAACCUUCUUCCGAACCUGCAUCAGAGCCAGAACCCUCUCCUGAACCUAAAUCAGAACCGGAACCCUCUCCUGAACCUAAAUCUGACCGGGAACCUAAAUCAGAACCUCUACCUGAACCAACGUCUGAACCAGAACCUUCUCCUGAACCUAAAUCUGUACCUUCACCAGAAGCUAAUUCUGAACCUUCUCCUGAACCUAAAUCAGAACCUUUUGAACCUACAUCUGAGCCAGAACCAGAACCAAAAUCGGAACCUACAUCCGAACCUUCUCCAGAACCUAAUUCUGAACCUUCUCCCGAACCAGAACCUAAAUCAGAGCCAUCUCCUGAACCUACAUCAGAACCCUCUCCCGAACCUGAACCAGAACCUAAAGUAGAACCUUCUCCCGAACCAGAACCUUCCCCUGAACCCAACGCAGAAGGCGAAGCUGAGAAUUUGUUAGUGAAAGGCCUAAAUGAAGAAUCAGGCUAUUUCCCGGCGCACGAAUACGUACCAAAGUUCGACUUCAAUCCCAUGGACUGUACAGAUAUCGUGAUUGGUACCGCGAGAGGAAACUACCAUAGAGUGCUUGAUUAUUAUACUAGAGAUAGAUCAACUCCUCGCGUAGAUACUUUCUGGGGCGGCCAUGAUGAUAUCACAGCAUCUUCAGGGUUUGAAGAGAACGGAGUAACAACUAUAAUGUUCAGGAAGAAAAUUAAGGCCAAAGAACCAACCGACCAUUCUCUAGUGGACGACGAGAUGCAUGUGAUCUGGGCCCGGGGGCAGGAACUUGGGGCACAACCCAAACAGUUCUACAGACCUGAUGAGAUCAAAUACCACGGUCAUGGGGGGCAGAGGGGCGUGGUCGGGGUUAACUUCUUUGAUGAAGUAAAAUCCCCCUCUUCCGGUGGUAUAACAUCUCUAGACAACAAAUGUGGGGCACAGUUCAAACUGCCCGCAGAUUGUGACGUCACAAACAGAACAUGCGACUUUAUUGCCUCUUGGGAGUACUUGGGGCAGAAGAGGGGCAAAGAUUCGAUUAGAUUCACGAUAACGACAAAGGAGACUAAGUAUUGGACGGGGAUUGGAUUCAGUUUGGAUAGGAAGAUGUCACAAACAGACGCAGUAGUAGGCUGGGUGGACAGUCGUUCAGGCAGACCAUUUUUAAUGGAUUCCUGGUUACCGGGAUAUUCUGCCCCACGCUUGGAUUCCCGCCAGGAUAUCUCCCAGGCCAAGGGAGAAACCGCUGAUGGGUAUACCACCAUGAGCUUUGUGAGGAAACGGGAUACGGGUGAUAGUAAGGACCUAGCGUUCACAGACGUGCAGUGCUUAUACAUAAUGUUCGUGACGAAGGGUGGCGGGUUCGAUCCCGUCAACAAGAGGAUGAGCAAACAUAUGUCUGUACCGCUUAUUACUGAUGACAAGAUUUGCAUCAAGCCGUGUGGACCCGAACCAACAGACGAAGAAACAACCCCCGAACCGGUUCAACCCGGUUCCCAUACAUACAACAUAUAUAUCCGUAUAACCGGGUUAGCGGAUAGUUUCCGACCGCCAGCCCCAAGUAGCCCGGAUUAUACUUCUUUGGUACAACAAGUUGUGGGCAGCUUAUCCGGGGAAUUGAGCCAGGUUAAGGGGUAUAAGGAUGUGAUUGUGAAUGGAUUUAUGCAGAACGAAACGAAAGCAAUAAUAGCGGAUCUAACGCUAAAAUCAAUAGAAACGAAUCUCAUAGAAGGUUCUAGUGGUCGUGCUAUUGACGUCUCGCUCGCACAGAAUGAAACAGAGCAGGACAGCGAUAUAGACAAAUGGGAGAGGGUAGUUAGAGAUACUUUGGCUAAGGGAAGAGUGGGGAAUCUUAAUGUGGACCCGGAGUUCUUGGUGUUCGCGCCGGAGAGCGUGCUCGUCCCCCCCGAGGCCACCCCCCCUCCCCCUAUAUUCUGGUCGGGGGUCCGGCUGUGGGUGGCGGUGGGGUGUGGGGUGGCUCUGGGGCUGCUGCUCGCUGCUCAGGCUGCUUGCGGGCUGCUCAGUGCUGCGAGGAGACCUAAGGACCACCUUAUACCGUCCGCCGCUUGGAACCUAACAUCAUCCAACACAAACUACGCAUUCGAACCAUUUGAAAACGACGACAAAUUCCCCACAAACCGUCCAACCCGCCCCACAUCCCCACCGCCACCCGCCCCGGGGACGGGAAAACGACCCAAAAACGGGACAAACGGGACAAAUGGGACAAAUAUGUCAAACGGGACAAACAGGACAAACGGGUCUAUGGCCAGAAGUGGCAAUGGGACUAUGGGACGUCCAAAUGGAUAUGACGGGACUUUGGGACGUCCAAACGGAUAUGACGGGACUUUGGGACGUCCAAACGGAUAUGACGGGACUUUGGGACGUCCAAACGGAUAUGAUGGGACUUUGGGACGUCCAAAUGGGUAUAAUAAUGGGAAGAAGUUUUCGAAUAGUGCAGCGCAGUUCUAUCAUGAUACAAGGUCAUUGCAACGGCCUAGGAGUCAGUAUAGCUACGCUCCCCGCCCAGACAGGAGCACCUACUCCCUCCCACGCGGAGCCCCCCCUCGAGGGGCUCCUUCCCCCCACUCCCCCCACUCGCCCCACUCCCCUCACUCCCCCCGGUCCCCAUCACGUGGGUCCCCGGACGCAACGCCAGACUUCUACUUCAUGCCGUCGCAGAGGAAACACGAAGAAUUCUGAUGGAGUCGCAGUUACUAACACAUAAGUUACCAUUAAGCAAGAUACCUAGUUUCUUUCGAUCACAUUUCAUACCCGUUCUAGUCUUCGUCACGGUUUUAAAAUAAGUUAUACCAAGAAAUUACAUUCGUACGACUGCACAGAUGGCAAACGCUAUAUUUCGAAUGUGGUUUCCAUUUUAUGUAAAUAACGCUGUAUAAUAAAGCACUAUUAUGUGUUUCAUUUAUUUUAUUAACCUAUUUUAGUCUUCCAAUCAUAGAUGGCGUUUUGAGAUUUAGGUUUUUUAAAUCAGCGCCAUCUAUCGGUGCUACGGUGCGUUUUUAUAAGGAGGAUGAAUGCUCAUGUUAAGGAAUUUAAAUGUAUGUACCUAGUUUUAAUUAUUGUUGGUUUGUAUAAAUCGGAUUUUAUUAGAUAAUUAAUAGAAUUGGUUGCCAGUAUGUUCUUAAAUAUUAAUUUGGAAUUGUUAUUGUAUAAAAUUUUGCUCUUACAAGCUUUAAAGUUUAUGAAUCGACAAAUCUGUACAAGGAAUGACAACUUGGUCGUUAAAAAUUAAAUUAAAUAGUGUUAUUUUAUAUGUACUUAUUUUUACAUUUGUAAGAAAUACAAACUUUUAUUAUUGUAUAUAUAUUUUAUGUUAUAUAACACAUUACAUCGAUUUUCUUUAUAGUAUUAGUAAAAUAAGAGAAUAAUUUAUAUGACGUAACUCCAUAGUUUUAACAGAGUUAAUAAUACAGUACCAAACCUAAGAUUAAUGAUGAAUAAAUAUUAUUUUAAUAGAAAA